GGGAUAUUCCCGAUGUUGAUUCCCUAAAACUGAGCCCCCAAUUGAUUCCUUUCGACCGCAAAAUAUUGAAAUCCGGUGAGGAUCACUCUCACUAGAGGCCGUUCCCCGGAUUAUUGUGGCUCUCAAGCUGUUAUUGGACGUACAUUUGCACGCGAAAGCCCGUUUGUUAUCAGUAAACGUUGAGAUCGUUUGAAGCUCCGGGUGUCGACCUGCUGCAAAAAAUCAAGGGACAAUGGAUCAUUCCAGCCCGAGCACAGGGAAGAGACGGAAUUUAAAGUUGAAUUUCGACACAGUGAGAUUUACAGCAAAAUCACCCACAGAAUGCUUCACUGCAGGACACCCAACGCAAAUUGAGCGACUACGUUCUCACAGCUUGGAGCAAACUGGAAAACUCAACAUUUCUCCAGAGGAGAGCUAUGAAUUUACAGCAGAUGACCUAACUGACUAUGGUGAAAUUGGGCGUGGUGCUUUUGGCACAGUGAAUAAAAUGUUCCAUGAGAAAAGCGGGCAGGUGAUGGCAGUCAAACGUAUUAGGUCAACGGUGGAUGAGAAAGAACAGAAACAGUUAUUAAUGGAUCUAGAUGUUGUAAUGAGAAGUAGUGAUUGUCCAUAUAUUGUGCAGUUUUAUGGUGCUUUAUUUAAAGAGGGCGAUUGUUGGAUUUGUAUGGAACUCAUGGCUACAUCAUGUGACAAAUUUUAUAAAUUUGUAUAUAGUCAAAAUGAAACUAUACAUGAACAUAUUCUAGGCAAAAUUACUACUAGGACUCUUAAAGCACUUAAUUACCUCAAAGAAUCACUAAAAAUAAUCCACAGAGAUGUGAAACCAUCAAAUAUUCUUUUAGAUCGUGGCGGUAAUAUUAAACUGUGUGAUUUUGGUAUUAGUGGUCAGCUGGUGGAUUCUAUAGCUAAGACCAGGGAUGCAGGGUGUAGACCGUACAUGGCUCCAGAGAGGAUAGACCCGACAGCAUCCAAACAUGGUUAUGAUGUCAGGUCAGAUGUCUGGAGUUUAGGAAUUACACUGCUCGAACUUUCCACUGGUAAAUUUCCAUACAGAAAGUGGAACAGUGUGUUUGAUCAGCUCACAGAGGUUGUCAAGGGUGAUGCUCCUCAGCUUCCACAUUCAGAAAACUUUUCAGCCGAGUUUGUCAAUUUUGUUAAUAGUUGUUUAACAAAAGAUGAAACUUUGAGGCCAAAAUAUAAAGAUUUACUGAGGCAUUCGUUUAUCACGAUAUAUGAAGCUAAACAGGUGGAUGUAGCCAAUUAUAUAUGCGAUGUUUUAGAGAGAAUGCCAACCAGAGUACCAAUCAACGAUAAUUUGUAAAUACAUUAUCUAUACUACAAA